AUGAAUUAUAAAUUACAACAAACUCUUUUAAAGAUUCAUGAAUUACUUCAACCUAAAGAAAAUAAUAUAAAAAUUCAAUUUCUAAAAGACCAAAUUCAAAUAACUUAUCCUAAUAAAGAUUCUUUAAAUACUUUAAUUAAAGAAACUAUUUUACUUGUUUUUCAUCAAAAGAAAGAUACUAAAAUCCAGAAUUAUAUUAAAGAAAUUUUUGAAGCAUCUCUCAACUUUGAUUUAGAAUAUUUAAAUGAAGAAAAUACUAAUAACCUCUUGCAAGUCUUGGUAAAACCUAACCUUUCAAAUGGAAUAAACCUUUUUCUGUAUUCUAAACUAGAAACCAAGUUUAGCCAAAUAGAUAAAAAGACUUUUUUACAAAAUAUUAAACAGAAAAUACAAAGAAAUAGGACUUAUAUCUUAAAAAUUGCUUUCUGA